AUGUCUCGCAGCAGGCAGGAAACCAAGGCGUAUAUCAGAUCGCUCGCGGAACCGCCGCCGCCGGGCGCUCCCUACGCUCUGCCCAUUCCUGGCACUGAGCGCCCGAACCGCACCGCAAUCUACCGCAACUGGCGGUUUCAGAACGGCCCCCUCCUGGAGACGUACGAUCCGGCCGAGAGAACCAUGCAUGACCUAUUCGAGUCUUCGGUGAAACAUUUUCCCAAGAACAAAUGCUUGGGUUGGAGGCCGUGGAACCCCGUCACAAAGACGUGGGAGCCCAAGUAUGUCUGGCUAACGUACGCUGAGGUUGCCGAGCGAAGGAAGAACUUUGGUGCCGGCAUUGUUGAGCUUCAUAAGCAGAUUGGCAUUACGGAGGACAAGUAUGGCGUCGGCCUUUGGGCGCAGAACCGGCCCGAGUGGCAGAUCACCGAGUUCGCUCUGCUUUCCCAGUCGCUCUGGCCCGUCUCACUCUACGAGACGCUGGGCCCGGAAGCGAGCGAGUACAUCAUCAACCACGGCUCGCUGGCUUGCGUCGUCGCAUCCCUUCCCCAUAUCCCAAAGCUGCUGAAGAUGGCGCCCCGCGUUCCCUCUUUGAAGCUUAUUAUUUCACUCGAUCCUCUCGAGGCGGGCGAGAUGGCGGGCCACUCCAAGCUCUCGCUGCUGAACGCUACGGCCGCAGACCUCGGCAUCCAGAUCUUCUCGAUGGACCAGGUCGAGGCUCUGGGGGCGCGUUCUGGCCGCGCCAUGCGACCUCCCAAGGCUGACGACAUCCUGACCAUCAACUACACCUCGGGCACCACUGGGGACCCGAAGGGCGUUGUCCUCACCCACGCAAACGGUGUCGCCGGUAUCACAGCCGCGCGCGCAAAUAACAGCUGCCAGCCCGGCGACUUCCAUAUUUCCUAUCUACCUCUAGCGCACAUCUAUGGCCGCAUGGCGGACCAAAUGGCGCUGGCUGAGGGCGCGAGCGUUGGCUAUUUCCAUGGCGACAUCGCGGCUCUGGUGGAAGACAUGAAGCUCCUCCGGCCGUCGGGGCUGAUGUCUGUGCCUCGCCUGUACAACCGCAUCAGCUCGGGCAUCCAAGCGGCGACAAUCGAGGCGGACGGUUUCAAGGGCGCCUUAUCGCGCCGCGUCAUCGAGACAAAGAAGGCCAGCAUGGCGCUGCCGCCUGGUCAGGCGACCAACAGGCACUUCUUAUACGACCGCAUCUGGACGCCCAAGGUGUUGAAGGGUGUGGGCUUACAGCGAGCUCGCACCAUGGUCAGCGGCAGCGCGCAGUUGGAUCCCGACGUGCACCAGUUUCUGCGCGCCGCAUUCGGCAACAGGUUUAUUCAGGGCUUCGGCAUGACCGAAACAUACGCCGUGGGCACCGUCCAGGCGCUCAACGACUUCACCACGGGCAACAUCGGGCCCCCGUGCCCCUCGGUCGAACUCUGCAUUGAGUCGGUACCCGACUACGAUUACACGGUGCGCGAUAAGCCCAACCCGCGUGGCGAGCUGCUGAUGCGUGGACCCAUCAUUUUCAGGGAAUAUUACCGCAAUCCCGAGGAGACUGCCAAGACAAUCGAGCCUGAUGGCUGGUUCCACACGGGCGAUAUCGUGGAAGUAGACAGCAUGGGCCGCUUCAAGAUCAUCGACCGCAAGAAGAAUGUGCUGAAGCUGGCCCAGGGCGAGUACAUCUCGCCAGAGCGCAUCGAGAACGUCUACAUGGGCAGCACCAACCUGAUCACCAUGGCGUUUGUGCACGGCGAUCCCAAGGAGGCAUGCCUGGUGGCUGUGUUUGGCAUCGACCCGUUGCACUUUGCGCCGUUUGCGAGCAAGAUAUUGAAGCGGACCGUGUCAGCUGAGGACAAGGAGGAGCUCAAGAGGGCGGCGAACGACCCGCGCGUCAAGGGCGCAUUCCUCAAGUUGCUGGACCAGAUUGGCAAGAAACACAAGUUUCACAGCUUCGAAAAGGUCAAGAACUGCUACCUCGACAUCGAACCGUUUUCGAUCGAGAACGAGCUGUUGACCCCGACGCUAAAGCUCAAGCGUCCUCAAGCCGUGAGGGCGUUCCGCAAAGAGAUUGACCGCAUGUACGAGGAGAUUGCAGCUCAAGUGACCGAGAAGCCGAAGCUGUAG